GACUCUUGCAGUUGUCGCACACUUUGGGCAAAUAUGCAGCUGGUCGGUAUCUUGCUGCUUCAGUUACUUGCGAUGACAACGGGUGAGGUUUCAACCCAAGACUAUCAGAAGUACACGGGUUCGGCAUUGACGGGAACAAUUUUAGAUAAGACGACAGCGCGUUCGGUCAUGAGGUGCAGCUCGCUGUGCGCGCAACACGGAAAUACCGGUGAAAGCUGCCACGCGGCUCGCUACAACGGCGAGACACGUGCUUGUGAACUGAUGUCACGCAGUAGCAGUGGCAAGGAGCGGUGGCUGAGUGACGGCGAGUGGAAAAUAUAUACGAAUCAGCGGCCAGAAACGACGGCGAGAACGGACAGAGGCAAUGGGACACCUGGAACUUCAACAAACCCGACUAUGACCCCGGUCAACACACGUCCGAACUGGAUUAAACCUAGAGAAAAAGUGACAAAGGCGCCAAAAUAAAGAAGGGCGGACAAUUAAACAUUCGGCGCUAAGAAAGAGUUCCCUCCCUUGAUAAUUAUUAAAUUUUCUCAAAAUUAGUUAAAACAUUGCCAUGGUUUACAGUGUGUAUCACUGGGUAUUUACUCUGAACCCUUUGUGGCUCGUUUUACAAUAGAAAUGAUUAAGUUUCAAAGUUUGAUUCGCAUAACAUCCAGAAGGCCAUGACCCAUGUGGACAAAUAGUAUUAUCAGUAUUUACAGGUGAACGCAUAUACGAAAUAUAGUAAAUGUCUGUACACCAAUAGUAAAAACAUCAAGCAAGAAAGCAAAAUACUUAAGUAAGUUUGACAUUUUUACUUUCUAUACUGUAUGACAAUU